GAGACAAUUUUUAGGGUUGUCUGUCUCUUCCGUCGGACUAAAAUAAAAACGCUGUCUUUCCCUUUCUUUGAGAUCUCUCUCUUCUUUUUUUUCUUAUCUUCUCUCAUAAUAAUUCUCUCUCCUCUCUCUUCCCCUCCUCUUCUCUUUCCCCAAUCUCUCUCAGGUUUCUCUUUCCUCUCUCACCAGAAGGGCAAAAAAAUUCCCUUAAAGAGUCCCCCGUUUUUGUUUAACCCCUCUUCUCAUAUCUUUGAAAUGGAUGACGAUGGGUUUCGCAAUUGGGGUUACUAUGAACCAGCGGCUGCUACGUUUAAAGGUAAUCUCGGUUUGCAGCUAAUGUCUACCAUUGAUCGGAACACUAAACCGUUUUUACCUGGCCGUGACCCGAAUCUAAUGAUCGGGCCUAAUGGGUCAUAUCACCACCAAGAGCCUCCUAUCCACAUGAGCUACAAUUGGAUUAACCAACAGAAGGAUAAGUUCUUCAAUAUGUUGCCUGUUACAACCGCUCCUAAUUACGGUAAUGUCCUUCCCGAAACUUCGUCUGCCCCGUCGAUGCAGAUGAAUCUCCAUCAUCAUCAUCAAACCGAGGAGACCCCGGUUAAAUUGGAAGAAGAGAUUGUUGUUCAGACUAAGAAGAGAAAGACCAAUGCAAAAGCUGGCUCCACAGCAAAGGCUAAGAAGCCAAGGAAACCAAAGGAUGAGAACAGCAACAGCAACAACAACAACACGAAUGUUUCUCGAGUUAAACCGGUUAAGAAAAGUGUCGAUUUGGUGAUUAACGGAGUGAGUAUGGACAUUUCGGGUCUUCCUGUCCCGAUCUGCACUUGCACUGGAGCUCCCCAGCAAUGCUACCGUUGGGGAUGUGGAGGUUGGCAGUCUGCUUGUUGUACCACAAACAUCUCGAUGCAUCCAUUACCGAUGAGUACUAAACGCCGUGGAGCAAGGAUCUCGGGAAGGAAGAUGAGUCAGGGCGCAUUUAAGAAGGUUCUUGAGAAACUCGCUUCUGAUGGGUUUAACUUUGGAAAUCCGAUUGAUCUUAAGAGCCAUUGGGCAAGGCAUGGAACUAACAAGUUCGUCACAAUCAGAUGAUUAGUUGCUUGAUUAGUAAAAAAAGAUGAAGAAGAAGAAGUGAGUGUUUCCGGCGGUUUUUUCGAUCUCUUCCGGGAUGGAAUCUCUCAAUGAUGGUUUAUGUAUAUAUACAACAAAUCUUCUGUGACCUUUUUCAAAAUUCUCUCUGCAAUCUGAGUUCGAUUCUGUUUUCAGGUAAAACCAUCUUCGUUGUAGGGUUUGGAAACAGAGUUCUCUGUUUUUCUUACCACUUUUUAUCAUACGUUGCUUUGUUUUUUGUUUGUUUGUCUAUCUGUGUCUGAGGAAGAAAGUGUCUGAGAAAAAUCUGCAGGGAAAUUUAUUUUUUUUGUACUUUUUUUUUUCUUCCUUCUAAACAUUUUACUGACUUGUAACA